AUGAACAAUCUGCAAUAUCACCAAUAUGACAAUUUUAAUUCGCCAUUUCCUGAUAAUCAAGAACAAUACAGAAUGAGUAGAUACAGGCCACAAAGUGGAAGUAAAAGAACAAAAAUUAAGAAUUGGUUUACAAAAAGCAAUGAAAAAGAUUUUGUAGAAGAAGAUUCUGAAGUAUAUGAAUAUUAUCAUGAAAGACCAAACAUGGAAAUUAAUCGUCAAAACCAAAGUAUUCAUGAUAACUGUACUAGAAGUUAUGUCAAUGGUUCUCCAAAUCUUAAAGGAAACCAACAGAAAAUAUUAAGGAAUAAUAUGGAACAGUAUAACAGAAAACUAGAGCGUGAUUCAUCAAUUAGUAACAAGACGUUUUUAACAAGUAAUAGACCUAACUUUGAAAAUAAUGAAGUAAUGAUACCUCCUCGAAAUCCAUUAGAUAAUGGUAAAGCAUUCAUUGGGUACCGUAGUAAGAAAGAAAAUGUUAAUAUCCCUGUCAGACGUAAUUUUCUAGAUAACAUUCAAUCUGUGAUGUCUGAUUCACAUAUAGGAUUCAAAUCUACACAUGUUAAAUUAUCAGAUGUUGCAAGAAGAUUGACCGCUUAUAUUACCAAGAAAAAUCAAAAUAGCCUUCUUUUGAGAAAAACUAUAAAGGAUCUUAGAAAUUGGACUCCUCAGGGCGACAUCUGUAACAAAGAGGAUAUUACGUUAAUGACACAAAAUCUGAUAAACUUAUUUGAAAACGAGCUGUCUUAUGAAACUGGAGUAAUGCAAUCAUUAAAUUCAACCUUAUCUAUAUUACAGGGUGUAUCAGUAAAGGAAGAUAACUACUUAAUUUCACAGAAUAAAAUGAUUUUCUCUAUAAAAAAAUAUGAAUCCUCACUUUUAAAGAAACACGAGAAACCAGUAAAUAACAGUAUAUUGCUUAAAACUAUGAUGGAAGACAGUAAGAAACGUUUUGGGAUGGAACAAGAGCUAUUACAGGGUUCUAUAUCUAUUGGUCUUAGAGAGACUUACAUAUUACAUACUUUUGAAAAUUUUACACAUGCGUUAGAAAUAAUAGAAAAAUCUAAAAGAAUGAUGUGCAGUGGAUUAAAAGAGAUGCUAAUGGUGAAUCCAGAAGUAUUUGAAGAAAUACUCUCAUCGAUAAGACAUGAAAGGACAAAAUAUAAUAAACAUGAGUUACCAUAUGAAGAUCAGGAAAAUUCUAGAAAACAAGAUCAUUUCCACAACAGUUUGCACGACAAAAAUGAUAUCCUACUUAGGUACAUAUAUAAAGAGUUUCCAGGAAUAGAAUUACCACAAACGACUAUCUCACUUGAAGGACAACCAAAUUUAGUCUUUAAAACUGCAAUAGGUGAAAGUACUACUGAAGUUUUGGAUAAUAUUUCGGAUAGAGCUCAAAAUAGUAACGUAAAUCGACCUAAUUAUCAUAAUAGGAAUGACAUUGAUUCUUAUGAAUUAUCAAGUUAUGAAACUGAUUAUCGUAAUAUGAAAGAAGAUGAUGACCUUGAAGAUGAAAAUAAAGAAAAUAGAACUUUCAUGAACAUUCCAUCUGAUUAUACUAAGAUUUCUACUCAUCGUACACAGGGAAAUAUUAAUAAAGGUUCAGGACGACAGUUUGUUAUAACCACUGCAGAUAGAUAUGAAAGCCACACAGACAAUUUAGAAGCCAAUCAUUGGAGCAAUGAAUUCAUGUAA